GCCGAAAGAGGUGCCACUUUUUGAAUUGCUGAAUGAUGGAAUUUUGAGUGAAACUUCAGCCAGAUACUUAAGAUAAUACGUGGUGCCACCAUUUCUGGUUCUAAGCCAAAAGUUGCCGACGGACAAAGUUCAAAAUACAGCCGGUCGGGAUGGGAACUUUGUCAUUAAGCGAUUUUAAGGAAGUGAGAAUCCCAGCACCUUGGGGUCACAUAUCAGGACGCUGGUAUGGUAAUCGAACUGAACGACCGAUCUUGGCAAUCCACGGAUGGUUGGACAACCUGGGCACCUUCGAUCGAUUGAUUCCCCUACUUCCCGACUAUAUAGGAGUGCUCUGCAUCGAUCUACCUGGGCACGGAAGAUCCUCUCGACUGCAACCGGGGAUGCACUAUAAUGCCCACGAUUACGUGCUUAUAAUUCCGCGAGUAAUGAAGGAGUACGGCUGGUCAAAAGUAUCAUUGAUGGGUCACUCACUAGGUGGCAUCAUAAGCUUCAUUUACACUUCGCUGGCUCCACACACAGUCGAUAUGGUAAUCUCUCUUGACAUACUGGUGCCUAAUUUAAUGGCUCCAAAAAGGGGAGUGGACUAUAUUGCCAACAGCAUGGAGAAACACUUGGUGGAGGAGGAUCGUCAGACGGAGGGUCAUUUACACGAGCCGCCUUCCUAUACCCUUUCGCAGUUGACCAAAGUCCUCGCCAAGGGGAGUUUCAACUCGGUGGCACCCGAGUUUGCCCAACACCUACUCCAUCGCCAGGUGUUAAAUUCGCAACUGUAUCCGGACAGGUUCUUCUUCUCCCGGGAUGGUCGAGUUAAAUACUACACCUUAGCCCAAUUGGAGACAGGACUUGCUGAGACUAUGGCAAAGCGGAUUGGAAGGAAGCCCUAUCUGAUUAUUAAGGGAGGAAGUUCCCGCUUCCUGGGAGCUUCCAGCCAGAACCCGAUGGCCAUCAUUCGGCAAAAUAAUCCGCAUUUUGAGUUCUAUGAGAUUGAGGGUGGUACCCACCAUGUCCAUCUCCACAAUGCUGAGGGGUGUGCCCGUUACAUAGUGCCCUUCAUCAGGCACCACCGACCUCCAGCUCUGACUUCUUGGUCCCUGACUGGAAAGGAACAGGAACUUAGUUUCCAAGAGAAACGCCAGCAACAAGAGAGAUUCUUUCAAAGGAGUAAAAACAAACUGAGCAAGCUGUAAAAUAAUCAUUAAAUACCCCAUUCCACAUUAAACUAAUUGAUAUAUUGCCAAAAGUAUGUAGACAGUAACCGAAUAGUUAACUAGCUAAUCUUUUAUAAGGAAGUCUAAGAAUCACAGUCACUAAAUAAAAUGUUUAGCAUCUCAGGUUAAAAAGAACUUAACAAAAGCAUAGAAAAAUACUAAAUAAAUUAUUUAAAGUGUCUUCAAUGGCCUGAGUUAA